UGUGCAAAAUGGCGGUGAAGGAAUUCUUACAUGGUCGAAGUUGAAACGAAAUUAACGGUGAUUGUAAUCUUUUACGAACUUUAUGGCAUCGGAGGAUAGAGGAUUAGAACUGGAGGAUGGGGAAAUCAACGACCUUGAAGAUGGUGAAAUAGAUGAAGAUGUACCUCCAGCAAGGGAGUCAAAUAACAACGAUUUGUCCCUCUUAUUAGGACAUCGUCAUGAUCAGCACUCAAUACAUGAGCAGUACCCAAGCGAUAACUCAUUUGAAACGAAGAAUCGUGACUUUGGAUUUCAAAAUUCCAACCUCCCACCUGGUUGGUGGGAAACACGAGGUGGAUCUUUCGGCUCUUUUCGGGGAAGAUUUCCUCGACACAGAGGCCGGGGGAGAGGGAAAGUAUUUCGCGGAAAUGGACGAGAAAAAACUUAUCCCGCGAAAAGAGGAAAUUCACGCAGACCUUUUCUUCGAAGACCUAAUUUACCUUAUCCCUUGCCCACUGAAAGACCAAGAUCUCCAUACCCUGAUGAAAGAUUACCCUUGUACACAGAGAGUGAAAGAGCAAGGAUUGUAUCUCCGUUUGAAACCAGACCACGCCCACAACUUGAAGAAAGGAGGCAAGUGUAUUUGGAAACUGAUCGGCCAAGGCUGCCUCGUCCAUCAACUUCAGAGAGACGUGUACAAAGAUUACCUCUAAUGGAGCUAGAGGAGAAAUCACGACAAUUCCAUAGCGAAUCAAGUCCUUCAGCUCCUGAUGUCCGUGAAGAACAACCUGGAAGAGUGCCAUCCCCUUUUGAUGAGGAGGUUGAUGAUUACAGGAUUCUACUACAGCGUCAUCGCCUGAUUCAACAGCAGCUUGCUGCUCUUGAGAAUCAGGAGAACUCAUCACUGGGUGAUGAUACUAUCAUUGAUGACACUUUCAUAGAUAUUCCUGUGGAUGAUUCAAAACCUGAUUUGGUGCUAGAAAAUGAAAGGAGCCAAGAAAAUUUUGAUAGUAGUAGACAGGAUGGUUUUUAUUUAUCAGAUGAUAUGAAUCUGCAACACAUGGGAAGUGGUAAUGAAAUUGAGGAUUUGGAGAAGGCAAAUGAAAUAUUGGAUAAUGAAUCUACUGCUGAACCAGCACAACCAAAACCAUUUCUCCCUUUCAAAAUAAAGGCCCUAUACAACAAUGUACCCUCAGUCAAAGAAUUAAGCCAAAAGGAUCUGGAACAAUGGAAGGUAAAGGGAGGCAAUUCAACUGCAAUGGAAAGUGGUAGAGCUGAUGAACUGGAAAGAACUAGAAAGAGUGAACCAAUGUCUAAGAUAAGGAAAAAUCGCAAGAAGAGAAAGAGAAAGGUUUUGCAAGGAUCAGUGCAAAAUAGUGUUAACAGUCAAAAGCCUAGAGCUGCUGGUUCUAAUCAAGGCGCACAUGUUGAUCCUCAUAAUGAAUUGGAGGCAAGACUCUUUUCCCUGGCCGGAAGCUCUGUUCCAGUUGAGUCUAACAGUUCAAGGGAGGACAUCAACAAGAAACAGGAGCGACGCGAGAGGCUUAGGCAGUGGCAGGAAAAGAUGAACAAUGACAGGUUUUCUGACCAAAAAAAUCAACAGGGAAACAAAGGACGAGGUAAAAAAAAGAUGGCCAAACCAGCCAAAGGCAGUAGAAGAAGUUCCAGUUUAAAGGUAGCUGAAAAUGAGAUGGGAGGGGACAGAGCCUCACUCAGAGAAGGAGUGGAUCCUGCUUUGUUUGAAAAUGAUGACUACUUUGAAAUACCCAUGGAUGUGGAGAGCGAUUCAACAGAUGGCCCAGCUCUGCCAUUAAUAGAUGAACCAGCUGAAGAUUUUCCUCCACCACCCCCACCCUUACCUAGUGGAGAAUCAGCAGCUUCUGUUUAUAUGGAUCCUGGGCAGCCUGCACUUAUGAUGUAUCCACCAGGAUAUUUCCAGAACUAUGCCGACUGGUUUGCUGGUUCAGCUCCAUUAAUGACAGCAGGCCAUGAAGACCAACAGUUUCAAUAUCAAGAGUUUUUGGGCAAAGAGUCACAUCCAUUAGAAGUUGGGACCACUAAGGAGCUGCCACAGGUUGACAGUAGGGACGUGUCGAGUCAAGAAAACUCAGAUGAGGAUGAUGAAGUUGCCCUUAGGGAACAGCUGUUGAAAUCUUUAGCAGUGAAAAGGAAGGCCAAAAUUGAUGCUGGGAAGGGGGAAGAAUCUGCAAAGAAUGAGUCAGGUCCCAGGAGUCCAAGCACAAAGGUGUCAAAAAUAACAACUAACACAGUACAACCAGUUAAACAGCAACAAGAUUCCAGACAGGUGACAUUUGCUGCUCCUCCAAAACAUGAUCCGGUAGUAAUUAAGCUAGGUGAGGAUUCUGACACAGAUGAAUCUGAUGCAUCUGAUACAGAAUUUGUCAAAAAAGCUGCCCCAAACAAGAAAAAAUCUGUCGGUGGGGGCUUAUUUGGAGGACUAGAAAUGAUGAUCAAGGAAGCUAGGAAGUCUGCUGAGGCCUCUAAAGUGAAAGCAACAGAAAAAUCACAAGCUGGCGAAGGAAUACAGAAAGGAAAAACAGACCAGCAGCCACCAGAACCAACAACUCCAGAUGCAAUGGCUCACAUGCCAGAGCAAAUGAAGACAGAGUACAAAAGACUGAAGGAGCAACUAGCCUUGCAUGAGAGUAAAACAAGACAGCCACUUACUACUGUCAAUCAGGAAAAAGAAGCCAUGUUGUCACCAGCAACACCUGAAAACGAAGAAAUAAAUGAGAUAAAAGAGGAUGACAGUCAUUUGAAAGGACUGCACAGUUUUGUCACCAGCUGUGAAGAGAAUCUCAUUAAACACAAGAAGUUUAUCCAGAAAGAAAAGGUCACUCUGAAUAAACUUUUGAGUGAGCUUCUCCAAAAAAAGCGUUCCCUCGAAGCCCAAGAGGAAAAUGUGCGCAAACUUCAGAAGGAACUUGAGGCCGCACAGAAAGUUAGUCUUGCAAAUAAAAUGUUAAUGAAUAAGCUCCGAUCAAGGACAAAGCUGGUAAAAGACAGACUUGGCAAGAGACAGCUCGCUGCAAGUACUUUUGAAGAGGAACUUCUCAGAGCUAAAAGUAUUAUUUCGGCAGUGAAAAGGAAAAUGCCCAUGGCAGGGGAAGCAGGGUCUGGGCGGAAUAGCCCUCAAAUGGAACCACUGGGCAAUGUUAGCAAUGAGAACCAGAAAUUCACAAUUAGUCCAACUGCUGCUUGGGAGAUCAAAAAUUCGCUGGAAGCAAAGUUUGAAAAACUGUCCACCUUCAUCAAACAGGAUACAACAGAGAAGAGAAAACUUGAAGCCAGCGAAUCAUCCUCAGAAGCAACUUUGGCCAAGAAAGCAAAGCAAGUACUCAUAACACCUCAAGGAAGUCCAACACAUUCAGCAACCACUACUCCAAGGAAAUCAGCUGUGGCAGAACGUAUUGCUCAGGAAAAAGCCAGGCUGAAAAAACUUGAGCAUGAAUUAUCUGAAAAACUCAAACAGUUUGGAAGAGAGCGUGAAGGCGACAGAGGCUCUGCUUUUAAUGCAUCAGAAAAAAUACUUCAGAGUAGCAAAGACAGUUCUGAUGUCAAGACGAUUGGGAAAGAGGAGAAAAAAAAUGAAUUUGGAACAAGUUGUGAUAAUACAAGUCAUCUUGAUUCACAGGAACAAGGUUUUGAUUCAAGGGAAGCCAGUGGUCAGUUUUUCCCUGGUGCAAAGGAGGUCACACCUUUAACAGAGGGCAAAACACCAAUAACAUUUGAGUUGCAGAUGACUACCCAGCAAUUGGAACAUGUGAGAAAGUUGCAGGCUGAAAGGGAAAAGAUAGGUCCUCAGUUUCCUGCUUGCACUCUUGAUGUUCCACUGACAGCUGAUCAGCACUCUACCCUCUGUGUUUGUUUACCCUUUGGUUACGAACUUAAAAGUAUUGCGAGAGACCAGGACAACAUGACAGAGAGGGAGGACCGAAGCACUGAAUUAGCAGUGGGAGAGCUCAGAAGAAUAAAUGAUUAUGAAGCAACUCCAGUUCCCUUUGGAAAAUACCACAGUAACUUGCUGCACUUCAAGUCGUACAGGUUAAGCCCAUAUUUCAGACUCCAAGGUGGAUUUUCCCUUACUUCUUUAACAUUUUCCAACAAAGUGGAUCCUACGUGGCCUCUAUGCAACUUUGACUUGCAAGGCAAAUGUAAUGAUGAGGACUGUAAAUUCCAACACUUCGUCAAAUGCAAGUUGUCACAAGAAGAAAUACUUCAUGAUCUGGCAGCAUACAAUCCAAACCUCACUGUAGAUUUUAAAGAUGUGGAGGAGAUGCAAGAGAGUGUUGAAACUUUUACAAAAGCUUUCACAAAACAAUAUCAAGACAAAAUGUCCUGGGAAGAACUUUGUAUUUUAUUAGUGAAUGAUGUGAGGAAGUGCAGGAAAGAAAAUGGACCUUUUAACAUUUCCCUUCAACCACGCACUUGGAAGCUUCAAAAAACUGAUAAGAAAAAGAUUGAAUAUGAGACCGAUGUAGAAAUUGCCGAUAAAGGCAAGGGAAUAAUUUUUUCUAGCAAAGACAAAGUUCAUGGUGUAGCAUCCAAGAAUAGCAAGUCUGCUGUGGGACAUCAACAUAGGGUGUCUGGUGAGGAAAGUCAAGAAAUACGCUACUUUUUGGAGGAGUACAACAACAUUGAAUCUCUUGAAGCAUCAUUAGAAAAUUCUCCCGGUGAUGUGGCUUUGUGGCUCAAGUUGGCAAGGUUGAAACUUCAUGAAAAUAACAGCACGGUUGAGGGGGAGAAGGAGGAUGCUUACAACAAUAAUGUCAUGCAAGCACUUAGUACACUUUCCAGGGGCUUGGAGGAAAAUAAUCAGUCAGAGGAGUUAUGGCUAGAGUACUUGGAGUUAUAUUCAUCACAGAGCAGCAGAGAGGAGCUUAACGAGAUCUGUGACCAAGCUGUGGAGUUUUCACCAACCUAUAAUGUUUGGUGGAAAUAUUUGGAGUAUUCGCGAACGUACACUGACAAGCGGAAUGUUUGUUUACGUCUUAUCGCCUUUCUGACAAUGAAUCCUAUUGAACCAGUGGAGCUUCAUUCUCACUUUGUCCUAGAAACAUUGCUUUACCUCAUUCAACUAGAACUGUAUUCUGGACAUUAUGCCUCUGCAGUGCUUGUCUUUAAAUCGGCAUUAACCAAGAGAACGCACGGAUGUAGCGAUGUUCCAGAAUUGUCCAGCUUUCUAUUGGCCUCAGACUAUUGUUGUGCUUGGUUAGCGUACAUUCAUGUGGUUGAAUUCCACCGUCUUCCUUCCCCAUGGUUUGAUCCUAGUCAUGGUGAACCUUCCAAGAUGGUGACAAAGGAAGACUUUGUUUUCCCGUGGAAACUAUCGCAGCAAUCAAGAGUCCCCGGAAAGAAGUUGCUGGUGUUGUUUCAAGAUGCAUUGAAAGCUUGUGGUGAAGUAACAAAACCCCCCUUUGACAAAUUUACCAUCUGCCUUCCACUGUACAAGAACCUCUUGGCUUUGGAGAGAGCAUAUGGAAGAGUUGACUCUGCUAGAGGAAUCUGUCGCCAUCUGCUAAAGGACCAUCCAUCUACAGUAGUGCUAUGGCAGUGUCUUGCAGCACUUGAAGACUCGCCAGAGAAGGGUGGAAAGGUAGAACAGGUGUACAUGGAGGCGCUAGACAAGUGUAAAGCCAGUACUGAGUUGUCGUACAGUGCAGCACGCUUUUACCUUCAGCAGAAUGAAGUCCAGAAGGCCAUAUCAGUUCUUAUCAAGAGUGUUCUUAACAAGUUUGCGGCAAAGAUUGACUCGCAGGGAUGUGAGGUACAAAGUCUGGCUGCUGUUUCUUCAGAGGACCAGACUGGUGAUCCUGUGGCCUUAUAUCGUCGACUUUUAUCCCUCCCCCUUCCCUAUGACUACAAGUGUCCACCUCUGUUACCAAAUGUUGAACCCCAAAGUCUAGGCAAAGAAAAGGUGUUUCUCUGGUUAUCUUAUUGCUUGUUACUAGAGAUUGCUCCUCCAACAAAUACUUCAUGGGAUGACUUAACUCCUGAGUCAGCAUUUGAAACUGCUGUGCAUAGCCCUCUACCAAGACAUGACGUGCAGGUACUGUGGACUGAAUACCUGUUCUACCAGAGAUCCAAAGCGUUACAAGAAAGACACUCCACGGACGAGUUGGUUGAUAGGUGUUUAAUGUCUGUGAGUACUAGCAACGCUCUGCCUCACUCUUCAAGCGUUUUCUGGCGGGAUUACAGAUUUCACAAUCAAAUUAUCAGUUUGUCUUUGAGCUGUCAUCCUCAGUCAUCCUGGUCAUCUGUAUUUCAAAAGUACUUGACGAUUUUUCCUGGGAAUGUUAUAUUAGCAAUACGGGCCUGUCAACAUGAGGUAGAGGGUAAAAAUUACGACCAAGCCAAAAGGAUCGUUACAUCCUCCCUCUUAAGCAACCCUUACAGUAUAAGCAUGUGGAAAGUUGCCAUUUCUAUUGAGCUAAAAAGGAAUUGUGUGAAGGAGGCGCGUAAGAUGUACCAUCAAGCCACAGAAGUUUUACCAUUUGCCGCAACUAUCUGGAAAGAUUUUUUGAUGUUUGAGCUUGCUCGAAGUGGCGAUGGAUCCGCCGUUCAAGAGAUUCUGGCGAAGAGCCGAGAAAUCGGUGUCAAACUUGAGGAGUUUUUGAACACUCUUUUGGGUAAAUGAGUGAUCACGUUGCACUUUUCGACAGGGGAUCGUUUUAAAACGAAAAAUCGUGGUUUAAAACUUGGUUGAAUUGAAAUCUCGUCAAUGUGACAAGGUGUACUGCUCCAUUUCGGACACCACCAGGGUUGAAACUGUAAAUGGAGUCAAUUUUUACUGUCUAGUUAAAUUUGGAUUUCAGUGAGCUGCAGAAAGGUAAGGUGGAUUGAAACAUGAUUAAUUUUCCGCUUCCAAGCAGAAUAAGAAUGAAAAACCACAGGAAUCAUUUGAGUUUACGCAAAGGAUUUGUUGUUACUCACGAUAAUCACUAUUUAUAUAGUAGAAAAUUAUAUAUUUUUUGUAUUUUUUCCAACUUUUCUAUGUGCAUUUAGGUUUCUAUAAUUACCAGGUGUCGCAUAUGAUUUCAGUCCGUCAAAGCUCGAACAUCGGCAUGUGUUAUUAAAGACUGAACUAGUUACCGCGAAUGAUAAUUUCAGUCAGAUGCAGUUGUCUUCAGUAGCGAAUGAGUCAAUUGUCUUUUUGACAAAUUACCGUAUUUCUUAGUUGGUUUUUUAAUUUAUUAAAGGAAACAGGAACAGA